GAGAGAGACUCUGCUGGGAAGUGGAAACCCUCUCAGAAGGAGGUGUGACUCAGCCGUGGAUGGAAACUGAGUCAACAAAACAAGUAUUGAUCACAGCAGAACCAGCUGAUUCUGCUGUGAUCAAUCUGAACUCCAUUUGAUUGAUUGGUGGAGUCCCAGCUUGUUGAUUUUAAAGAGAUAAAAGUCCAGUUGGAGGAGGACUGGAAAGACUCGAAGAUCAAAACUGAUUCCAGGUCUGAUUGCUGAACUGACUGACUUGGCACCUGAUUGGUGGAAUCUGAGGAAUCCUGAUUGACUUAUUGGAAGUAUUGACAGCUGAUUGGGAGGCCGGGGUUGAUCGAUCAGGAGGAUGAGUGUAGCAGGGGAGGUGGUGUGUGAAGGCUGGCUGAGGAAGUCACCACCGGAGAAGAAGCUCCGGCGUUAUGCGUGGAAGAGGCGUUGGUUCGUGCUGCGGAGCGGCCGGCUGAGCGGCGAGCCGGACGUCCUGCAGUACUUCAAGAACCAGCAGUCCCGUCGGCCAAUCAGGACCAUCAACCUGAACCUGUGCGAACAGGUGGAUGCCGGCCUGACGUUCACGAAGAAGGAGCUGGAGAGCAGCUUCGUUUUCGACCUGAGGACGCAGGAGAGGACCUGGUACCUGGUGGCGGAGUCUGAGGAGGACAUGAACCGCUGGGUGUCCUCCAUCUGCCUGCUCUGUGGCUUCAACCCGACGGAUGACGUCCCAGAGAGACCUCCUGUCUCCGGCUCGUCCUCCAUCCCAGCGAUGACCAUGGGCAGCGGCAUCGCCACGGCAACAGGGUCAGUCCCACCGCCCUACGACCCGGUGAAUGUGAGGAACCUGCUGCACGACGUCAAUGCAGAAGAAGAUUACCUGUGGCUAUCGCACUGCCAGAGUCACAUCAGGCCUCCUUUAGGUUCCUCCACAUCUCUUGAAACCGACUCGAACGACAACCCUCUUCCCUCCUCCUCCUCUUCCUCUUCCUCCUCUCCCUCCCUGCAUCCAAACGGCAUCCCGCUUCUCUCUUCCUCCGGCUUCAGGACAGCUACUUGGACGGCUGCCUCCAUGCCGGGCCCUUUGAGCCAGUCUCUGGAUGCCAGCUUGACCUUUGACCCCAAGAGACGAGCAGGCCGCCCUCGUUGUCACCCCUCUCCUCAUCCCAGGAAGCACUCCCUGGACUUCCACCUGCGGCCCGUGGCGAUACCUCUCAGCGACGAUACACACUCCACCGUGUAUCCGAACAUGCACUCAUACACCACCAGUGGUUACCAGAUCCCACGUCCUGCGUCCACCACCCAACCACGACCCCCUCGCCGCCCGUCCUCCACCCCCAGCGUGGACUCCCUGACCCAGGCGGAGCUCCACGCCUCCACCCCGACUCCCCCUCCACGCCCGCCCAAGCCCCAGAGCGCUGCGGCCCAGGGAGAGGGCUCGGCUGUGGGCUCGUGGUCUGCCACGCUCCCCCGCUCCACCUCAGAACUAGACAGGAGGGAUGGAGGUGUGGAGGGAGGAGGUCUGCCAAGGAGCAACACCAUCACUGCGUCAGGACGCACGCCGACAGGUUGUGACUCUUUUCACAUCCCUCAGUCUCUGUCCGACAGAGCGAGCAUGUUUGAGUUCAGCGAGAGCUUCAACAGUUACUUUUUUAAUAAAGGCAUGGUACCUCUGGGUAGCGUUUGCACUGAAGCUGAUGAUGUGGACGAGAACUAUGUUCCCAUGAGCGCUGCCACCACCGAGCCUCCUGUUGCACCAAGGGUUCCUCCACAUCCUCCCUCCGACCCCUCUCUCCAGCUCCAGGAUGCCAACUACGUCCCCAUGAUCCCCCUCACUCCUUCCCUUCCCGUUCAUUCCACCCCUGCUGUGGGUGACCUGGCCUCCCUGGGAAGACAAGUCCCACCGCCAGCCCACAUGGGUUUUCGUAACUCCCCCCUGAGUCCCGUGGCCCCUCUAACCCCGCCGCUACGGAGGAACACUAUGAACACUGCAGGUGGAGUCAAAGUGGAGGCCACGCCACCUCCGAUCCACCGAAACCUGAAACCACAACGCAGAGUAGUUGGUGUCGGUCAGCCUGCAGAGAGAACAGACGUCCAGACGGCUGCAGAGACGACACACAAAAAAAGGGUGAAACCAGCUCCUCUGGACAUCAAUCCUGUACAGCAGGAAUGGCAGGAAGUCCCGCCCCCUGUCCGCUCACCUGUCACUCGAACCUUCACGCGAGAUCCGUCCAGUUGUCGGUCGGUCAGGCCAACGUCUGCUCACAGCUCCUCGCCCUCCUCCGACUCCGAUGACACAGAUGACAGCUACAUCGCCAUGACGACCACCCCCACCUUCAGUUUAAGCGCCGGGGAACCGUCUCUGAGGCUCAUGCUGCACCGGGCCUCAGAAGGCGGAGUCAGCAGCCCGAUGAUACGGCGAGCCAGAGGCGACAAACAGGUGGAGUACCUGGACCUGGACCUCCACACCGGGCGAUCGACACUAACAAGACAGAAACGCUGCACGGCAGAAGGUGGAGGCGGCAGCGAGCAGGCCGGAGCAGGCGAGGAGCGUGCACGGGGCGAGCGUACACGUGUGGAGUACGUGGUGGUGGACCCCAAAAGAACCAAGGCCCUGAGGAGCACCAGAGAAGCAUGGCAUGAUGGGAGGAUGUCCACGGAGAAGGAGAAAUGCUAGAGCCAACUCCUUACUCCUAAAAUGUCCAUUUUAAACUCAAAUCACUGUUUGACUCCUGCAGGUAGCAACAAGGAAGUUUAGUUUUUUUUAUUAUUGCUGCUACAAUGAAAUAUUUUGAAGAUUGACAAUCAAUAAGUUCAGUUUUUGUUUAUUGAACUAAAUGGAAGGAAUGUUACAAUACAUGUAUCCAUAGCAUGGUGAACGUGGUUUUAUGUCAGUGUUUUUAAGGUAGAGAAUCAGAGAAUCUGAGGUUCUAAUUAGCUAAUUUUUCCCUCCACAGUAUAUUUGCCUCUAAGAAAUGUUGUAGAAAUAAAAGGUUUGAUACCAGUUUCUAAAGAAAUUACGAGUCAGCACAGAUAAAUAGUUCUCUAAACAUCAUGCUUCCUCCUGAGAUAAAACUAUCAGUGAUAAUUGUCUUACGUAAUUAUCUCUGCAGCUUCGGGUGCAGUGAGUAAUGUCACUUAAUUGAUUCUGUAAUCGCAGUGAUGACUGUCAAACGGAUGAUUGAAAUGAAUAAACAAUA